AUAACGAAAUCUAGCUACUUCUAACUUAUUCAAGUUAUUAUGUUUUUCUUCUUCUUUCUCUUAAUAAAGCUGAAUUAUUUCUCUCUUUGCAAAAACAAAGCGUGGUGUUUUCUAUUUUCAUUCUUUUCUUCACGGCAUUAUCCAAUCCAAGAAGGCAAGAACAUAAAAUGGACGACAGCUGCGCAGUGUGUGCUGACAAUUUAGAAUGGGUUGCCUUCGGCACCUGCGGUCAUCGGGAUGUGUGUUCCACGUGCGUUGCUCGUCUCCGCUUCCUCUGCAACGAACGCAGCUUCUGUAUCUGCAAGACUGAAUCCAAUGUCAUCUUCGUUACCAAGGCUUUAGGGGAUUACACGAGAAACAUCAGUGACUUGUCUGUAUUUCCAUCUCAAGCACGAGAAGGGCGGACAGGUUUAUACUGGUACCAUGAAGAUACGCAAGCCUUUUUCGAUGAUGUCGAUCACUACAAAGUGAUCAAGGCAAUGUGCAGGCUUUCAUGUAAUGUAUGCGAUCAGUCCCGGGAUAGAGUGAAACGGCAGGGGAACUUUAGGAACAUCGAACAUUUGAAAGGUCAUUUGUUUCAUAUGCACAGACUGAUUAUGUGCAGCCUGUGUUUGGAAGGACGGAAGGUGUUUAUAUCUGAACAAAAGCUAUAUUCUAGAGCUCAGUUGGACCGACAUAUAAAAAAUGGUGACUCUGAGGUGGAUGGAACCGAGAGUGAGAGAGGUGGAUUCAUGGGGCAUCCAAACUGUGAGUUCUGCAAGACCCCAUUCUAUGGGGAAAGUGAGUUAUGCCUCCACCUGUCCACAGAGCAUUAUACAUGUCAUAUAUGCCAAAGGCUGCAUCCAGGACAACAUAAAUAUUACAAGAAAUACGACAACCUCGAGGCAAGACGACUUCUAUGUGAUCAUCUUAUGCUUUUUUUGUACUUUUGUUUUAGUUUUAUGGUUAAAUGGAAUUCUGUAAAAUGUCUGCCACAGAUUCAUUUUCGCCAAGAUCAUUACCGAUGUGAGGAUGAGGCUUGCCUUGCCAAAAAGUUUAUUGUCUUUCUGUCUGUAGCUGAACUAAAGAGGCAUAAUACCAUUGCACAUGGAGGUCGCAUGUCUCGUGCACAGCGUAAUGAUGCUUUACAACUACCAACUAGCUUUAAGAAUCGUUUGAGUAAUGAAGAUAAUGGUUACGGAAGGGAGACAAAUUUUCGGCCUCAACUGUAUGAUAAUGGCUAUCAACUUUCAAUGGUCACUGAGGCAAGUUUGGGGACAGCCAAUGUUCCCUCGGCAUCAUCUACUGUGCAGGUGGUCUGUACUCAAGGUGGCACAAAUAAUAUUGAUCCACUUGUUCAGCCUUUUGAAUCAUUAUCUACUAUGUAUUCUGAAUCAUCGUCAACGUAUCUUCGAGCAAUGGGGGCAGGCUCUAGGGGUGCACCUUUUCAAGAAUCAUCUUUUUCUUAUCUCCCCAUGGUUCCCGAAAAUAACACCGAGGAAGCUCACCAACGGUGCCAGAAGAAUAGGAAGAAAAAGAAUUCAUCUCAAGCAUGGGUAGCAACAAGUUGCAGGCCCAUGGAAGCAUCAAGUAGUUCAAGCCAGAAUGGUAAAACAACAAACAUUGCAGAUGCUUCAUCGGUCGUUACCGGUAAUGAAGCUGCACAAACGAGCUACAUGAGUUCAAAUCAUGCAAAGGCUCCGACUCAACCCGCAACAGAGGGUAUAUUAAUAAAAUCUAGUUCUCAAACGAGCUCAGGCAAUGCAAGUAGGAUAAGCCAGUCUUCAUCAACUCCAAAUCUUGCUAAUGGUGGAUACUUGGAAUCAGAAUCAAAUGUUCCUGCAACACACAGGCAGAAGCCGUCCUCGAGAAGCCGGGUUCUAAGGAUUGUACAAGAAGUUCAUACAACCAACAAAUCUUUGGCCAAGAAGGUGCUGAGCUACUCUUAAAUAUCAUGAAGGAAAAACAUACACUACCUUUAAAGAAAUAUCUGCCUUGAUACUCAAAAUCAGAAAGGGUUAAUUAGCCCCUAUUUACAAAGUUUGAAGAUUAUGGGUUUGAUACAUGUUUCUUUUACUAUUACAAUGCCCAAAAAGAUGUAAGAUUUCUGAGUAA